AUGAAGCUCGGUCUGGAAGGUGCGAAGCAGGUUAAGAAGUUUUUCUAUCGCAUUCCAAUCACGGUGCUCCAGGAUACCGUGAAGUAUGAUUGUUUCACGAUUAGUAGUGAUGAGAACUUGCAAGUAAUGUUUCUUUGUCGGCGGCAGUUUCCGGAGGUGAGGACACCAGAGUUGUUGGCAAAGCUGGUUGAUGUGGUAUCCAGCUCAGGGGGUUCGAACCGGAAUACCAGCACUUUAGCUACGCCAGCCGGUUCUAGUUCCUGGCCUGCCGUUGGUUCUUCCUCCGUCCCUGUGUACCAGCCAGUGAUCCAACCUAUCGCCUCCCCGUCUUUUGCUGUUGAUCUCAAUGGCAGCGUAGGCGACGAGGUAGGUUCAAGGGAAAAUCUGCCGAACACUUUACUGGGCGUUGCACCGCUUGGUGUUGGAGACGGAUUGUUGGGUGAUGCAAAGGAGGAUGACGUCGAGCCGGAUAUGAUUGACGAUGUCAGCGGCGAUGAUAUUGGAGCGAGUGAGCCUGCAUUGGCGGAUAAAGAUGAGGCCCUGUUAAGUGUGAAGACUUACAGCAUCCGGCGAGGGGUACAGUACAAGGUAGUGGAGUCUGAUUAUCGCCGGUAUGUGGGCAAGUGUUCUGAGUUUGGGAAUGGGUGCACAUGGUUGAUUCGACUGAGUCUCCGGCAGUGCAAGGGCAUUUGGGAGGUCAAACGAUACAAUGGACCUCACACUUGUCUUGCCACCUCCAUCUCGAGUGACCACAGGAGUUUGGAUUAUCAUGUGAUAUCGGCAUUCAUUAUGCCAAUGGUUAGGGCUGAUGCAUCCGUCAGCAUCAAGGUGCUCCUGAAUGCCACGGCAGCACACUUUGGGUUUAGGGCGACUUACAGGAGGGUCUGGAUGGCGAAGCAGAAGGCUGUUGCCCUCAUCUACGGUGACUGGGAUGAGUCAUACAACGAGCUGCCCAGGUGGUGUUGGGAGUCCAGUUGA